UAAUUAUACAGAUUGGUGUGUGUGUGUAUGGUUGUGAGUGUGGCAAAUCGCCAAAAUACAUUAUAUUUUAAUAAUUUUGCGUAUUUUUAUCGAUUAAUAAGGGUUUUUGCGUUAUGCUUUUUUUUUUUUUUACAUAAUUAUUUAGAGGAAAAGGCCUCUGGUCGCACACAAAUAUAAUACAAGGGAAGCACCAGCAGCAGCCUAGUAUUGCGUGGAUCUGUGCAGGCGUGGAAAAAGAAAAAGUGCGUUAUUGUUAGUUGAUCAUCCUCAUCCGGCCUGCUGAGAAGCGAAGCCGGGAGCUGGAGUUUGCAACUCAACCAUGGCGGUAAACCUGGAAAAAGAUGCUUACUACCGCCGGAUCAAGAGAUUAUACAUGAACUGGAAGAAAGGAGAAGAUGAGUUUGGAAAAGCUGAUGCCAUUGUGGUGUCUGUAGGAGUGGACGAGGAAAUUGUGUACGCCAAAUCCACAGCCAUACAGACAUGGCUGUUUGGCUACGAGUUGACGGACACCAUCAUGGUGUUUUGCGACACCAAAAUUAUCUUUCUCGCCAGCAAGAAGAAGGUGGAUUUCCUCAAACAGGUGGCUAUAACUAAAGGCAACGAGAACGCCAACGGUGUGCCGCCCAUCACCCUGCUCACCAGAGAAAAGAAUGAAAGCAACAAGGCUAACUUCGACAAGAUGAUCGAGGCGAUCAAAGCCAGCAAAGAGGGAAAGACGGUGGGAAUAUUCAGCAAGGACAAAUUCCCCGGAGAGUACAUGAAGAGCUGGAACGAAACGAUUAGCGCCGAGGGUCUGGAGAAGGUAGACAUCAGCGCUGUGGUUGCGUACACGAUGGCGGUGAAGGAAGACGGAGAGCUGAACCUGAUGAAGAAGGCGGCGUCCAUCACCAGCGAGGUUUACUCCAAGUUCUUCAAGGAGCGCGUCAUGGAGAUCGUUGAUGCCGACGAGAAAGUGCGUCACAGUAAGCUGGCGGAGUCGGUGGAGAAGGCAAUCGAGGAGAAGAAGUACCUGGGGGGUGCAGACCCUUCUACCGUGGAGAUGUGUUACCCCCCCAUCAUCCAGAGCGGAGGAAACUACAGCCUUAAGUUCAGCGUCGUCAGCGACAAGAACCACAUGCACUUCGGUGCCAUCACGUGUGCCAUGGGGAUCCGCUACAAGUCGUACUGCUCCAACCUGGUGCGCACCCUCAUGGUCGACCCCCCCCAGGAGAUGCAGGACAACUACAACUUCCUGCUGCUGGUGGAGGAGGAGCUGCUCAAACACCUCAAACACGGUGUGAAAAUCAGCGACGCCUACAACGCCGCUCAGGACUACGUGAAGAAGGAGAAGUCGGAACUCGUGGCAAAGCUGACCAAAAACCUCGGCUUUGCAAUGGGAAUCGAGUUCAGAGAAGGCUCCUUGGUUCUGAACGCCAAAAACCAAUACAAACUGAAAAAAGGCAUGGUGUUGAGCAUCAGUUUGGGUUUCGCUGACCUCGUGAACAAAGAAGCCAAGAAGGACGAGCAGAAAAAGUACGCCUUGUUUAUCGGCGACACAAUACAGAUCAACGAGGAGGACGCCGCCACGAUACUCACGCCCGUGAAGAAAAAGAUCAAAAAUGUGGGAAUCUUCUUGAAGAACGACGAUGAGGAGGAUGAGGAGGAGGAAGGAGACGAUGCAGAGGAGCUGCUGGGAAAAGGAGCUCGCAGCGCCGCCCUGCUGGCAGACAGGACCAGACUACUUGGGAAGAACGAGAUGACGGCGGAGGAGAAGAGGCGAGCCCACCAGAGGGAGCUGGCCAACAAUUUGAACGAAGAAGCAAAGCGGCGUCUGACGGAGCAGAAAGGAGAGCAGGAGAUUCAGAAGGCCAGGAAGUCCAACGUGUCCUAUAAGAACGUCUCUCAGAUGCCCAGAGAAAAGGACAUCAGAGACAUGAAGAUCUUCAUCGACAAGAAGUACGAGACCGUCGUUAUGCCCGUCUUUGGGAUCGCGACGCCGUUCCACAUCGCCACCAUCAAG